GGCGAGCGGCGGAAGCGGGCACGCGAGAGAGUCGCUGGAGUUGGUGUCUCUGGGUCUUGGGGUUGCGGCCGCCGUCAUGGUUUCGCGCGUGCAGCUCCCCCCGGAGAUCCAGCUGGCGCAGCGCCUGGCGGGGAACGAGCAGGUGACCCGGGACCGGGCGGUGAGGAAGCUCCGGAAGUACAUCGUGGCCCGGACUCAGCACGCCGCAGGUGGUUUCAGUCAUGACGAGUUGCUGAAGGUGUGGAAAGGGCUCUUCUAUUGCAUGUGGAUGCAGGACAAGCCGCUCCUGCAGGAAGAACUAGGAAGAACUAUUUCUCAGCUCGUGCAUGCAUUUCAGACCACAGAGGCACAGCACCUGUUCCUCCAGACGUUCUGGCAAACCAUGAAUCGAGAGUGGACGGGCAUAGACAGGCUGCGCCUGGACAAGUUCUACAUGCUCAUGCGGAUGGUCCUGAACGAGUCCUUCAAGACGGUGAAAGCGCGAGGAUGGGAGGACAGACAGAUCGAGCAGCUGCUGGAGCUGCUGACGACCGAGAUCCUGCACCCCAGCAGCCAGGCCCCCCACGGGGUGAAGAGCCACUUCAUCGAGAUCUUUCUGGAGGAGCUGACCAAAGUGGGCGCCGAGGAGCUCACCGCAGAGCAGAACCUCAAGUUCGUCGACCCCUUCUGCAGAGUCGCCGCCCGCACCAAGGACUCCCUGGUUCUGCAUAGCAUCACUCGGGGCGUCUUCGAGACCAUCGUGGAGCAGGCCCCCUUUGCCAUCGAGGACCUGAUGAGGGAACUGGACGCACAGAGUGAGGAGGAAGAGGAAGGGGCAUCAGAUGGUGACGAGUCCUCGGAGGGCAGUGAGGACACACGAGACCUGCCGUCCCAGAAGAGGUCUGAGAAGCUGCCUGCAGGCUCCAUCCGCAGAGCUGAGCCUGACGUGGGCCAGGAGCAGUGGGAGGACGACAGGGACGGCCCCGUCCUCCAGUUUGACUACGGAGCGCUUGCGAACAGACUGUUCGAAACGGCCAGCCGACAGAGCACCCCUUCCCACAACAGGAAGCGUCUCUACAAGGUGAUCCGAAAGUUGCAGGACCUGGCAGGAGGCGUCUUCCCCGAGGACGAGCUCCCGGAGAAGGCCUGCAGGAGUCUGCUCGAGGGGAGGCGGAAGAAGAAGAACAAGAAGCGUUUGCCCAAAGCGCGGUUGCAGCACAAGAAAGGGAAAGGUGACCAGGAGGACGGGAGCGCAGACCCGAGCUCAGGAGUCCAGCGUGCCCAGCCCCGGGGCCGCAGCCGUGGAGGGGCUGGCAAGAGGAAGAGGACGCCUCGGCAGCCGUCCGGUGCCCGAGCAGAGGUGGCCGACGUCCAGGAGCCAGAGAAGAAAAAGAAGCGGAUCCUGGGGAGCAAGAAGUGACGUGGCUGGCCCAGGACAGGCGCGGCGUUGGGUGAGGGCGGGGAGACCCGGGCCCGACCCCUGGACUCGCCCCAGCGGCUCCUCAGCUGACCCUGCGGGAAGGCGACGGUGCCGGCCAGGGCUGGGGAGGGUGGACCCGGCACUCGGCACCAGUGUCCCAGGAAAUGCUUUCUCCAGAGAGCCACUGCCUGCGACUGCGAUGACUUUGGGUGAGAGGGCAAACUCUGAAGACUGAACCGCACCUGUGUCAGGGCCUGGUCACCUGCGCCAUGCAGCAGCCAUUAAAUAAAACGCGUCGGGUCCUCACCAGAGAUGCUUCAGGCACGUCCUGCAGGCUCUUCUGGGUGGGAGACGCCGGCUCCUGAGCGCUGUUCA